AUGGCUGCCGCGGUGACGUCGGGGCCCAACUCGGCGGUCAAGAGCCUGUCGCAGCGGACGCGGCGGGCCGAGUCGGUGGCGUUCCGCUCGCUGCUGCUGCCUCGUGUGGACGAGGGCGCGACCGCCGGCGAGGCAGGCGGCGGCGGCGGCUUGCCGACGCUGAUGGGCAAGCCACCGCCGCAAACGGCGGCAUAUCGGGCCUAUGCGGCGUUUAUACCUGCAGCUGUGCCGCAGGUCGAGGUCUCGGCGGAAGAGAAGGCCGAUCGACGACGGCGAAGGCAGCAGCGCAAGGCGGCUAAGGCGGCCAACCUGCGCUGGUUGCCGCAGGCCAUGGUGUCGAACCCCGAGUCUGUACCAGAGGCAUCGGUCGUCAUUCGGCGUGCUCUCUCGCCAACAGGCACGUCGGUGGCUGUGACCCGGGUCGGCGCGCGCGGCCCGGCCGGUGCCGCCCGCGAUCGGCGGCGAAUGGCGCGAUCGGCCGCCCGCCGGAGCCGCGGCCUCGGCGCCCUCGACGCCCGCAUUGUCGGCGGCGUCCACGAGGUCGAGGCGCUCGCCGGUGCCUGCCCAGUGGCCCAGGCCCAGUCGGCCCGCAUGCGCCGGCAUGUCGCCCGCGUCAAGCACCGCCGCCAGCUCGGCCUCGAGCUCGUUGCCGAUGACGACUACUACUAGGCUACUAGGCCAGCACGUGGGCGGUGGCGUAUGGCAAUGAACGC